AUGCCAUCCGUCCGCGACAUGCCAAUGGUCGCCCCCCGGCCGGCCUGCUACAGCGACAGCGUCCUUGAGCAGGCAAAGGCUGCCCGCCUCACGCCGGACGCCACCCCCUGCGGCUGCGCGGAGUGCGUAGCCGAGCGAGACUCCUACGUUCAGCGCACCCCGGCAUGCGCGCUUGUCGAGUGCGGCAUCUGCCUUGAGCUUCCGACGUCGGGGCCCAUCGUGCAGUGCCCCGAGGGCCACAUCUUUUGCGGCCACUGCCUGCGCCGCCACACCAUGAGUGGCCUCGCGUCGUCGCACUGCUGCCCCGUCUGCCGCUCAAAGCUGCCGUCGACCUCUGCAGCAGAGAACGCCGCGUCGCGGUGUCGGCUAGCGGAGCUGCUCCUCGCCGACGUCCCCGCCAGCUGCAAGCAUUGCCACGCCAAGCUCACCCGCGCCACGCUCCGCGACCACGCGCCGUGCGCGAAAGAGCUCGUGUGUUGCGCGGGCGGCUGCGGGUGGGAGCGGACAAACCUGCGCGGCCUCUCCUUCUACAAGGGCAACACGGUGCUCGACGGCGCGCGCACGCCCGCCUCGUACUCGAUAGCCGACUACGACGCGCUCGAGGCGCGGCACGAUUUGCCGCAGCAAAUCUCGGACUGA